AUGGAAGUGACAGCAAUAUACCUUCACACACUUUCAGGUUUCAGCGCUGGUAUAGGUCUUGGUAGCGGGGCAGGCCUUAUACUUUUGCUUCUUGCUGCAAUAUUUGUUACCAAAAAGAUCAGACAUAGGAGGAUUAGAAAGUUGAAACAAAAAUUCUUCAGCCAAAAUCGUGGGCAGUUGUUGCAUCAGUUAGUAUCACAAAGGGCCGACAUUGCUGAAAGGAUGAUCAUCACGCUGGAUGAGCUCGAAAAGGCAACAAACAACUUUGACAAAUCUCGUGAGAUUGGUGGUGGAGGGCAUGGCACCGUGUACAAGGGGAUUCUAUCGGACCUACAAGUAGUAGCCAUCAAAAAGUCAAAAAUAACUGUCCAGAAAGAAAUCGACGAGUUCAUAAACGAGGUAGCAAUCCUCUCCCAGAUAAACCAUAGGAACAUAGUGAAACUUUUAGGGUGUUGCUUGGAAACUGAGGUCCCAUUAUUGGUUUAUGAGUUCAUUUCCAACGGAACUCUUUUUUACCAUCUUCAUGUCGAAGGGCCAACUUCUAUAACAUGGGACAGUAGAUUGAGGAUUGCCACUGAAACCGCAAAAGCUCUUGCAUAUCUUCACUGGUCAGUUUCAAUCCCUGUAAUACAUAGAGAUAUCAAGUCUAGCAACAUACUUCUUGAUGAUGCUAUGACAUCAAAGGUUUCAGACUUUGGAGCUUCAAGGUACGCUCCGGUGGAUUCCACAGGGUUAACCACAAAGGUGCAAGGAACUAUUGGAUAUCUGGACCCUUCGUACUUCUACACGGGCCGUCUUACUGAAAGAAGCGAUGUCUUUAGCUUCGGUGUCAUUCUUGUGGAGUUGCUCACCAGGAAGAAACCAUUUUCAUAUUUGACCUCCGAUGGUGAAGGCCUUGUUGCACAUUUUGUGAGCCUUCUUAGAGAGGGGAAUAUUUCCCAAAUAUUGGAUCCACAAAUUAUAGAGGAAGGUGGCAAAGAAGUCCAAGAAGUUUCCGUACUUGCAGCAUCAUGCAUAAAUUUAAGAGCUGAGGACCGACCUACAAUGCGAGAGGUGGAACAUGCACUCGAAGGUCUUCAAGUAUCCAAGAAGAAAGGAUCUAUGGUAAUGUCUUUCAAAAAAGGAUAUAUGGUAAGAGAUGAAUUCGAGGAUGAUGAUGGUGUUGCGAUGAAUUGACCGUUAUCCAAAGAAGUGCAAAGCAUCGGAGAAUGUAAUCAAUAUUCGAGCAGGGAGAUACAGCUUGGGAGGCAGCUUAGGAGCCAUGUGGUGAUUGGGAUGCAUUUCUUGGAAUAAUCUCAGCUCUGUUUGUUGUUGGUAUGCAUUUCAUACGGGCAUUAACAAAGUUUAGCCUUUGGCAUGCCCUCAGGCCGCUCUGCAUCAUUUUGGAUGUCCAGGAUUAAAUUUUGUCAUGCUCUUAUAUUCUCAAAUCUCAAGUCAUGUUCUUCUUCUCUUCACUAGUAUGCAUAUGCUCCUUUAUUUAGAUGUCAGAUUCAUGUAUGGAUGUAGUUCCUGUUGUAUGUUCCUUUUUGUUUUUAGACAACUAACAUGAUCACGAGUUAAUUGGCAUGCUUGAUCAUCUAGCAUGCUUAUAUA